CAUAGCAAACCUAUAAAUAGAGGGAGGAAAACCUUUCUUUGACUUUGUUGUAGUCAUUGUUGUGUUGGAGGGUAUACUUAGCUGUUAAGAUGCCUGAGCCGGCGAAAUCUGCUCCUGCUCCUAAGAAGGGGUCUAAGAAGGCCGUGACCAAGACACAGAAGAAGGGAGAUAAGAAACGUAGAAAAACUAGGAAGGAAAGUUAUUCAAUUUACGUGUACAAAGUAUUGAAGCAAGUUCAUCCGGACACCGGCAUCUCCUCUAAGGCCAUGGGCAUCAUGAACUCUUUUGUAAAUGACAUCUUCGAGCGCAUCGCUGGGGAAGCGUCUCGCUUGGCUCAUUACAACAAGCGCUCGACCAUCACUUCCCGGGAGAUCCAGACCGCUGUGCGCCUGCUUCUACCGGGGGAGUUGGCCAAACACGCUGUGUCUGAGGGCACCAAGGCCGUCACCAAGUACACCAGCUCUAAGUAAAGAUCAAUGGAAAGAAUGCUAACAUCUGUAACCCAAAGGCUCUUUUCAGAGCCGCCCACCUGUUCUGUAAAAGAGCUUUAGCACUAAACCAUGUAUGGUGUCCUUUUGACACAGUACUCUAGUCUGUAUUUUUAGUAUCGGUGUUUAUUAUUGAUGCUGAAAAUAAAUUGUGCAAUAACUCCA